AUGGGACCUAAAAGACGUAGAACCAAAUCACCAUAUUUUGAUAAUAUUGAAUCUGAAGGAGCUGAUUCACAAAGUAAUGUCCCUAGUGAAUUACCUACCACAACCAGACGUACAAGAGGUAGGUCCAAGACUGUGAGAAUCACUAAACAGGAUGUUAAAGAUAUAUCAUCUUCAGUAUUGGUGGAGGAUGAAGUUUUAAAGGCUCACGAAGAUGAUUCAAAUGAACCAACUACCUCAAAAAGAAAGACCAGAAGCAGAGUUUCAAAGAGUAAGAACGAUGAAAAGAACCAUGAUGGUAACAGUGAUUCUGAUGAAGACUCUGAUGCUGAUGAUUGGGAAGAAGUGGAAGAAGCUCAAAUUGCUGACGAUGAAGAUGCUCUUGAAAACUACAAGCCACAAUUACCUGAACAAGGAGUUCAAAUUACUAUUGAUGGACCAAAGAUAUUUAACAAAAAAAGGCGUAAAAAACAGGUUGAUGUAGAUGAGCUCCUUCGACAGCAAAUUAAUCGAAUGAAAAAAGAGUUACAGGUUGAGAUGCAUAAAACUCACCUACUUUGCUUGUUGAGUCGAGGUUUUUACCUCAAUCGACUUACAUACCACCCACUCAUAUCAUCCUUAGCGCUUUCUCAUCUUACUUCUUUUACUUUUGACCUUAAAAAGAUAAAUUUACUCUUCGUCCGAGAUUUCACCAAUUGGUUUCGCUCAUGGUUUAAUCUGGAAAAAAAACCUAGGUCAAAAACAGAUCUCCUUGAUUCAUUGACUCAAGCAUUUGAAACUAAUGUUGUUCAUUCUCAAGUCGCAUAUGUUCUCAUGUUCUUGGCCUUCCUUCGUAUUUAUUCUCCCAAAAUUCAAUUGAGGCUAUGUUAUGCUCUAAAUCCUAUCCCAAUCAAACCUGAUAACUUAAUAAUGACUGAGAAGCAAAGAUCAAAAGCCAAAAGUUCCAAAGAUGACCCUGAAGAGUCUUCCAAGCCCAAGUCAAAACCAAGCAACAAAACUGCCGACAAAAAACUACCCAGUGAUAAAUUAAAUGCAGGGAAAAAUGAUUCAAAAACUAAGAAAACUAGUAAUACCAGCUCAAGUCGAGGAAAAAAGCGGAAAAAAAGCUCUGAUGAAGAGGAUGAAGAUUACGAAAUGGACUCUGAUGAUGAAAAAAGGUCGAAAGCCAAAGGCAAAGGUAAAGGGAAAGGAAAACAAAAAACAAAAGUGCUUAAAGUAGAAAAUAAAUCAAUUAUAAGUGAAGAUGACUCCAAUGAUUUGAUGGUAGUUAAAACUACUGAAGAUAAAAAUCUACUAGAAUACUGGUGCGAGAUUUAUGUUGAAACGGAAGAAAAGUGGAUUUGUGUGGACGUUGAAUCAGGAACAUGGGAUAAUCCUAGUAAAAUUGAAAAAAGAUCACACAAUCCUCUGUUGUAUGUCGUCUCUUGGGAUAACUUUUCUCACGUUAAGGAUGUCUCACAAAGAUAUUGUUCAGAUUUUGCUUCUUGCAAGUUUCGUCGUUCUCGUAUUGAUGAAGAUUGGUGGACCGAGACUCUUUCCUUUUUCAGACCUCGUAAGCGAACUCGCCAAGAGAAAAGAGAGAUAAAGAAUUGGCUGAAAUAUUUGCUGACAGACCGAUGCCUACACUUUAAAUGGGACCGAAAUUUGGGAGACUUUUUGCGUGAUCUUCCUUUAGAGCUAUUUGGUGAAUGGCAAACAGAUCCGUACAUCCCACCAGAGGCCAAAGAUGGUAAAGUUCCGAGAAAUCAAUACGGCAAUGUUGAACUAUUUCAACCAUGUAUGUUACCAAAAGGAACAGUUUACCUUCAGCUUCCUGGACUUAUUAGGAUUGCUAAUAAAUUAAAGAUUGAUUGUGCCCCUGCAGUAGUUGGAUUUGAUAAUUGCUCGGGGGGAGCCGGAGUUCAUCCAGUCUUCGAAGGUUUUGUGGUUUGUGAAGAGUUUGCUGAUACACUUAAAGCUGCUUGGGAAGAGGAACAAAUGAACAUAAGAAAACGAGAGCUGGAGAAACGAGAGAAACGUAUUUAUGGCAAUUGGAAGAAACUCAUUGUAGGUGUUCUUAUUAAGGAACAAGUUAAACUCAAAUAUAAUCGAGACCAGUCAGAGGAUACAGAAGCAGUGAAAAGUUCUGGGAUAACUCUGGAUGACAUUGAUACGAUUCUAUCAAUGUAUGCCAAAAAACGGAGAAAAGGUCCAAGUAAAGCAAAUAAAACAAAAAGCUCAGCUCCAACUAAAAAGUCAAACAAAAGAAAAUCGAAAAAAGGUAAAGAUACAAGCGAUGAAGAAGAUGAAGACGAGGAUGACGAUAUCGACGAUUUUAUUGUAGACGAUGACGAAGACCUGGAAGAAGAUGGAGAAAAGAUUAAAAAUGAUGAAGAGGAAGAAGCAGAAACUGAAUUAGAAUUAUCUGAUUCUGAUUGAAUUGAUUGGUUUUCAUUAUAUCAUUUUAAAUAUUUAAUAAUUCAAUUUUUUGAUUCUAUAGAAUUUUAUAAUUGUAUCUAAAUUUGUUCGUAUAUUCUUCGAUUGCAUUUAACUUCGAAAGUAGCUCUAUUUUGAAUAAAAUCUGUUUCAUAAUCGCUUAAA